AUGCCCUCCGACCUCUCCUCCUACCUCGCCACCCACUACCUCACCCCCGACACCAAACCCUCCUCCAAGAAGCGCAAGCGCAAGCACGACAAAUCCUCCGGCGCCGGGCUCCUCAUCCAAGACGACGACGACCAGAACUGGGGUGGCUCCAGCAAAUCAAGACACAGGGGCCAAGAUGGCGACGACGACGCCCCUGUGACGGUCGGCCAGGUCAAGGAUGUCCGCAAGACCACAAAAGCAAAUUGGAAGACCCUGGGAGGAGGCAGCUCAGCAUCAAAAGAGGACAAAGAUGCCGCAGCAGCAGCAGAUGCCAUCCUCGCCUCCGCCGCCGCCGAGACGGCCGCAGCGCGGGCAGCCGAGGACGACGGCCCGACGAUGGUCGACGGGCCCCAGGCUGGGGCAGCGCGCAUGGCCGACGGCACGCAUGCGGGCCUGCAGUCGGCGGCGGCGGUGACGGCGCAGAUCGAGCGGCGGCAGCAGGAGGAGCGCGACCAGUUCGAGGCGGAGCGGCGGGCGGGGCUGGUCAAGCACGGCGAGGAGGAGACGUACUACCGCGACGCGACGGGGCGGCGCGUCGACGUGAGCAUGAAGCGGGCCGAGGCGCGGCGCGCGGCGCAGGAGGCCGAGGACAAGGAGCGCGCCGCCAAGGAGGCGCUCAAGGGCGACGUGCAGGCCGAGGAGGCGCGCCGGCGGCGGGAGCAGCUCGAGGACGCCAGGACCAUGACGCUCGCGAGGACGGCCGACGACGAGGAGAUGAACAGGGCCUUGAAGGAGGAGAGGAGGUGGAAUGACCCCAUGGCGCGGUUCCUCGGCGAGGCGGACGGGGGCGGUGGAGGUGGAGGAGGUGGUGGUUCAUCGGGAGGCGCCCGGGGCGGUGCUGCUGCGAAGGCAGGCGGCAGCUCGAGCAGGAGGCCGGUGUACAAGGGGCCCUCGCCGCCAAACCGGUAUGGAAUACGGCCCGGUUAUAGGUGGGAUGGCGUUGAUAGGAGUAAUGGCUUCGAGGCGGAGAGAUUCAAGGCCAUCAACAGGCGGGAAAGGAACAAAGGCUUGGAGUAUUCGUGGCAGAUGGAUGAAUGA